GCUCAGCGCCUAAGCGACAAUUCUGCUAAGCUUUGGCUAUCGGCUGAAACCAGCGCCUGCUCCGUUCUGGUGUUCGGGCCGGACAAGGACGGCCAGGUCCAAGCCGUCUUCGGCGAUGCAGGGUCCGGGGGCCGCGGCCUAGUGGUUCGCUGCGAUGGCGGCAUAGCUGGGCGCCUGG